CGGUCUUUUUCUUUUUCCUUCGUUUUGUCUUGUUUCAAAAAUGAUGGUCGAAUUGAAUUGCGCGGCCGACUUUUUGUGCAACUUCCUCAAGGCCAAGUUGCCUCGCGAGGACAUUGACAACUUUCACCAGCAGUUUGUCCAUGUGCUCAAGCAACGGUAUCAAUCGCACUGGUACAACGAGACGCCAAUCCGAGGCAGCGCGUACCGCAGCAUGACUUGUGGACGAGAGCACUUUCAAAAGCACAAGAGCUUCUUGGACCCGCUACUAAUUCAGAUUGUCAAGACUUGCAACAUUCGAAACAUUGAGCAGUACUUUCCAGAGAACUUUACGCUGUGGGUCGACCCAGGGGAAGUUAGCUAUCGAAUUGGCGAGCUUGGAUCCAUUUGCGACUACUAUAGCAAAACAACGGGCGUAACACCGCCGCCACGCGAGCUCUUGGACGACGGACCUCGGCCAAGUAGCACGCGCACCCCCGUCCCCAUCGUUGCUCCAGGGUCGCCACAACUGACAGAGAAGGCAGCAGAGCCGGUUUUUUAAAACCAACAAACAAUCGUGAGACGAUCGUUUGGAUUGCGCGGCGCUUUUUUGGGCAGGCAGCUCUUUCGUCUUUGUCUUGGAUAACUGCUGCCGUUCUCCAUUCCGUCAUUCCUUGGGAUGCUCGUCGCUCGCUCAGCAUUCGAAAAAAACACAAAACCAAAAACAACUUAGGUCACAUCCUUGUUCUUUUGUUUGCAUUGUUUCUUGCCUUUGUCGAUUAUCUUUCUUCUUCUUCUCGCUUCGUUUUGUACUUUCAUAUUUUUGUGUAUCGCUUGCCAUGGUGCGUGAAACCUGCUCAGUGUUUGUGUUGAUACAUUACAUUAUGAACUUUUA